AUGUCGGCCACUGCGACUGAGCUCCGGAAGGACAAGGGCAUCCAGAACGGGCCCAUCCACUAUCCCUUCUGGUUCGGAGGCUCGGCCAGCUGCUUCGCCGCCUGCGUCACGCAUCCGCUGGAUCUGGUCAAGGUCCGACUGCAGACGCAGCACCAUGGCAACCGUCUCAACAUGAUGCAGAUGUUCGUGCACGUCGCCAAGCACGACGGCAUCACUGGACUCUACCGCGGGCUCUCUGCCUCGCUACUCCGCCAGAUCACAUACAGCACGACGCGCUUCGGCGUGUACGAGAAGCUCAAGACAUCGCUCACAACCGACAACAGCGCGCCAGGCAUGGGCACGCUCGUCGCACUCAGCAGCGCGUCUGGGUUCCUGGGCGGCCUCGUGGGCAACCCGGCAGACGUGCUCAACGUGCGCAUGCAGCACGACGCAUCACUGCCACCCGCACAGCGGCGCAACUACAAAAACGCCGUGGACGGCCUGAUCCGCAUGAGCCGUGCGGAAGGCCUAGGCAGUCUGUUCCGGGGCGUGUGGCCGAACAGCACGCGAGCAGUGCUGAUGACAGCGUCGCAGCUAGCGUCGUACGACGGGUUCAAGCGCGCGCUGCUGACGCACACGUCGCUCGAGGACGGCCUGACGGUGCAUUUCUCGGCCAGCUUCCUGGCAGGCUUCGUCGCGACGACGGCGUGCAGCCCCGUCGACGUGGUCAAGACCCGCGUCAUGAGCGCCACGACGCCCCACGCCAGCAUCAUCAAGCUCAUCAUGGAGAUCAACCGCACCGAGGGCGUGGCCUGGAUGUUCCGUGGCUGGGUCCCGAGCUUUAUUCGCCUCGGGCCCCACACUAUCGCCACGUUCCUCUUCCUCGAGCAGCACAAGAAGCUGUAUCGCCGCUGGCGCGAACUCGACGUUUAGACGGGCGGGCGCUUGGCGCAGCGGAGUGGCGGAGGAAGAGGAAGAGAGAUGUCGACAUCUAGACAUAGGCGUGUAGACGUCGAUGGAGAAGGGAGAGACAAUGGCCGAGCAUGAACUUGCGUGGAGGUAUAUCGCCCAAUACCAGAAAAGGCACGAGCACGAGCUACAACUUACGAACCCGAAACGCACGAAUCCCCCGCACCCCCACUC